GUGACGUACUUGAGUUUUGGUACCUUUUCGGUACUCUGAGAUUGACCUUUCAUCAAACCGCGCAUACACAAAAACCAGAUUCAACCAGCAAAACUCACCAACCUUCUCCUCAUCCUUCUUCUUCAAUCCUCCAUUGUUUUCUUCAAAGUUGGUGAAAACCAAAAACUCUGUCCCUAUUUCUUCAAAGCAAAUCCAAAAGUCCCUCUCGUUGCUGCUGGAAGAAGAACCCAUUUCGCUUUCUUCCAGAGGAUGAGUCUAUGAAGCCUCACUGCUAAGAAAUCUCACAACUACUUCAGCUUGUGACGUUUUAACCAUACUGGAUUGGCUUCUUUUUCAUUAUAUUAUCUGCUCCUCUUUUUUGCAGUUGCAGCUAUAUCUGACAUACCCACAAUCCCAGUUUGCUCUGAAGUCAGGUUAUUUGGAUCAUAGAGUUUCUGGGGUGAGAAAAGAUGAAAUUUUGGAAGUGGGGUUUUGUUGGUUUUCUCUGUGCUGCUUUUGCUCUUGCAGUUGGUGCUGUAGAGCUGGGUCGGAAUCAACCCACUGAGAGAAUUUCAGGUAGUGCUGGUGAUGUGUUGGAAGAUGAUCCGGUGGGAAAGUUAAAGGUUUUUGUUUAUGAACUUCCAAGCAAAUAUAAUAAGAAAAUUCUUCAAAAGGACCCAAGAUGCCUCACUCAUAUGUUUGCUGCUGAGAUCUUCAUGCACCGGUUUCUCUUAUCUAGCGCUGUCCGAACCCUUAAUCCUGAAGAAGCUGAUUGGUUUUAUACCCCUGUAUACACCACCUGUGACUUGACACCAAGUGGCCUCCCUUUACCUUUCAAGUCACCUCGAAUGAUGAGAAGUGCCAUACAGCUUAUUUCUUCAAACUGGCCUUAUUGGAACAGGACAGAAGGGGCAGAUCAUUUCUUUGUGACCCCUCAUGACUUCGGAGCAUGCUUCCAUUAUCAAGAAGAGAAGGCAAUUGAAAGAGGAAUUCUUCCACUGCUACAGCGUGCUACCUUGGUUCAAACAUUUGGACAGAGGAAUCAUGUGUGUUUGAAAGAGGGUUCAAUCACCAUUCCUCCAUAUGCUCCACCACAAAAAAUGCAUGCGCAUCUAAUUCCUGACAAUACUCCCAGGUCCAUCUUUGUUUACUUCCGAGGAUUGUUUUACGAUGUUGGAAAUGACCCUGAAGGUGGUUACUACGCAAGAGGUGCAAGAGCUGCAGUGUGGGAGAACUUUAAGGACAAUCCGCUGUUUGACAUUUCCACAGAGCAUCCAACCACAUACUACGAGGACAUGCAACGAGCGGUGUUCUGCUUGUGCCCACUCGGUUGGGCUCCUUGGAGCCCGAGAUUGGUCGAAGCUGUGGUAUUUGGUUGCAUCCCUGUUAUAAUUGCAGAUGACAUUGUUCUGCCAUUUGCUGAUGCAAUCCCAUGGGAAGAGAUAGGCGUGUUUGUUGAUGAGAAGGAUGUCCCUCAGUUAGACACCAUACUCACAUCUAUCCCACCAGAAGUCAUCUUGAGGAAACAAAGAUUGCUUGCCAACCCUUCCAUGAAGCAAGCCAUGCUAUUCCCUCAACCUGCCCAGCCAGGAGACACUUUCCAUCAAGUUUUAAAUGGACUCGCGCGAAAAUUACCACAUGACCGGAGUAUAUUCUUGAAGUCAGGGGAGAAGGUUUUGAAUUGGACUGCUGGUCCUGUGGGUGACCUUAAACCUUGGUAACAGUUGUAAUUGUAAGUUGUAACACCUUUUUGAGGCAAUUAGGAUUCUUUACAUAUCUUGGUUAGUACUAUUAAGUUUCAUUGGGUCUAUAAUUGAAAUGAUGGUUUUUUGUUGACAUUGUAAAUUUUUAUGUUUUGUAUUCAUUGAGACAAUUCAUUGGAUCAUUUAAUCCAUUUUGUAGCCAGAUUGCUCUUAUGGUAUAUAUAAUUUUCCCCUGCUUUAGGAGUCAA